AAAAAUAAAUAAAAAGAACUAUAUAUUGAUAAAAAAUAGUGGAAAUAUAGUAUUUCAGUUUAUUUAUGUGAUUUUUAUAUUUUAAAGAAAUAUUUUUGAUGUCAAAUAAUUCUAUAGAAAAAGUCAGAAAAAAGGCUGGAAAACGGUCAUCUUCUACGUCGGAAGAUCGUUUAUUAUUGUUUAGAGAGAGUGAGAAAGUCCUUGGUUCUUUUAAAUCGUCUUUUAAGGAGACAUUAGAUGUUUUUUUAUCUGAUGAUGAUGGCUUCAAUAGACUUAAUAGAUAUGAUAUUAAGGAUCAGAUUGGUCAUGGUUCUUUUGGCGCAGUAAAUCGAUGUAUUGAUAUGUUAACCGGGGAAGAAUAUGCAAUUAAAGAGUUUUCAAAAGUGCAAUUGAAAAAGGUUUAUGGAUAUUCACGUUUUUCGCAUUUCAAGUCUGAAUCGGACUCAUUUAUAUAUAAUAAUGAUAUUUCGUCUUAUUGGCAUGUAAAAAAUAAUUAUGAGCAAAAUAAUAAUCCUUUUUUCUAUAUCAAAGAAGAAAUAGAUAUUAUGAAAAAGAUAAAUCAUAGAAAUAUAGUCAAUAUGAUUGAUGUUUUAGAUGAUCCUAAUGGAGACUCUAUAUAUAUAGUUUUGGAAAUGUGUGAAAAAGGUGCUCUUAUGGAUUUGGAUUUAAACAAAAUAGCUACUCCGUAUAGCGAAACAGAUUGUCGAAGAUGGUUUCGCGAUUUGAUGUUAGGCGUUGAAUAUCUUCACUUCAAUGGAAUAUGCCAUUGUGAUAUUAAACCUGAAAAUUUGUUAUUGUCCAAAGAUGGGAUAUUAAAAAUAACCGAUUUUAGUAUUUCAAAAAUGUUUAGAAGAGAUGAUUCAUUUAGAAAAAUCAAGGGAACUCCCGCAUUCAUGGCUCCUGAAUUAUGUUUUCCUGAGGGCAACGCUGUUUCUUGUAGAGCUGCUGACAUUUGGUCUAUGGGAAUUACUCUUUGGUGUUUAAGAUUUGGUUGUCUUCCCUUUUAUGACUCAGAUAUUGUAAAAUUAUAUGAUAUGAUUAAAACUAAAGAAAUAGUGAUUCCACAAUAUAUUUCUCCAUCCUUGAAGGAUUUGUUUGAGAAGAUUCUUGAAAAGAUUCCUGAAAAAAGGAUUAAAUUACAUGAUUUACGUAAACAUAGCUGGAUAACUCAAGAUGGCAUUGAUCCCUUGAUUACCUAUGAAGAAAAUGUAAUGGGUUCUACUGCAAAUUCUACUCGCAAUUUUGAUUCCUCAUCAUUUCUUUAA